UUGGUUCCUUGCGUUCGAUGUCUUACGGUUGAAGCAAAUUCGCUCGCAGUUAUUCCUGCUGCAUGCGAAACUGAAACUCUUCAAAAGAAGCGUCAACGUAAUCGUAUCUCAUCCUCUAGUCCUACCAGUAAUAGGUAG